AUGCAGAUAGAUGUAGAAGAAACCUUGAAUUUGAUGUCGGGGAUAGAGUUCUCCAUGCGGUUGUCGCCAUGGAAAGGUGUUAUCAGAUUUGGUAAACGAGGUAAAUUGAGUUCAAGGUAUAUUGGCCCAUAUGAGAUUGUUGAACGCAUCGGUCCAGUUGCGUAUCGAUUGGCUUUGCCAACAGAAUUGUAUAGAAUUCAUGAUGUAUUCCAUGUUUCUAUGCUUCGUAAGUAUAUUCCAGAUCCAUCUCAUGUUUUGGAAUCACAACCAGUAGAACUGAAGGAAAAUCUUGCCUAUGAAGAAAAACCAGUUCAGAUAUUGGAUAGGAAGGAACAGGUUUUGUGUAGUAAGACUAUUUCAUUGGUUAAAGUCUUGUGGAGGAAUCAUGCUAUAGAAGAAGCGACAUGGAAAAGUGAAGAGCAGAUGCAUCCCCAGUAUCCCCAGAUUUUUCGUACUUAG